CCUCAAAGUGUUUCCAAGAGCCGGUGUCUGACGGAGGCAUCGCUUUAUGGACUGCCUUAUCUGAUUUUGUUGCUAAUUUGACCCAACUGUUUACAAAACACUGCGGAGAACAAGCGUAGCUUUUAAUGAUAUCCACUCUCCAGGAUUAGGUUUUUGACUACAUUCUCCUGGAUCACAAGCGGUUUUUCUUCUAUCCGGAGGAAAGGAUCCUUACCGCAUUUCUAUUCCUUCAACGUGGACCGUGCUAUUGGAAUAAAAUUACUGUUAUAAACAAAAACAAAACGCAGAAGACACCCGUCGUCGAUCCUGUGGUGAAUAAAGGAAUGCUGCUGUCCAAGCUCAACUCACUGGCCCACAUCUCUACCGUGGACAUGCCGGUGAAAAUCCAGCUCCAGGUUCACCAAGUGAAAGAGAAGGAACCUUUCGAGAAGCUGUAUCACGUCGGCGCGGUGCUGGGCAGCGGCGGCUUCGGUACCGUCUACUCCGGUACGAGGAUAGCCGACGGAGCUCCGGUUGCUGUCAAACAUGUAGCCAAGGACAGAAUCUCCGACUGGGGAGAGCUGCCUAAUGGCUCCAGGGUCCCUAUGGAGAUCGUACUCUUGAAGAAAGUCGGGACAGGUUUCCGCGGCGUUAUCAAAAUGCUGGACUGGUUCGAGCGACCAGACAGCUUCAUCAUCGUCAUGGAGAGACCCGAAAACGUCAAGGACCUGUUUGACUUCAUCACGGAGAAAGGUGCCUUGCCGGAGGAGCUGGCGCGGAGCUUUUUCCGCCAGGUGCUGGAGGCCGUGCGCCACUGCCACAACUGCGGUGUGGUGCACCGGGACAUUAAGGACGAGAACAUUCUGAUCGACCUGCGUACCGGAGAGAUGAAGCUCAUAGACUUCGGAUCAGGAGCCUUACUCAAGGACACCAUAUACACAGACUUUGAUGGUACAAGAGUGUACAGCCCACCAGAAUGGAUCAAAUACCAUCGCUAUCAUGGGCGCUCUGCCACAGUGUGGUCCCUGGGGGUCUUGCUUUAUGACAUGGUGUGUGGGGAUAUCCCAUUUGAACAUGACGAGGAGAUCAUCAGAGGCCAGGUACCCUUCCGGAGGAGAAUCUCCACAGAAUGCCAGCAACUGAUCAAGUGGUGUCUGUCUCUGCGACCGGCUGACCGUCCGUCCUUCGAGGACAUCAUCAACCACUCAUGGAUGCAGAGCACGUCCUCCUCCGUCGUCCCAUUCACAGUGCAGACAGACAAGGCAAGCACAGAGAUCAGGCUACACAGCAUCAGCCACGAGACCACAGCCUUCACACCCACCCCAGUGGCCGUGGCUCGGUGAUGGUGGUAAACAGCUCCACCUGGACUGCACGGACACAAGAGACUAUUAAAAAGGCUUGUGUAAUAGACUUGAAGCAGAGAGGAGAGGGCGGGCGGCGCACAGGUCAAUGGUCCUAAUACAGGCUAGAGCAAGGUGUAAAGGACUGGACACAGUGGGCCAAGGUGGUGACAAAACCACCCGACCCUCUCCACCCUCACCGCCCCAGCUGCUGGUCAGUGUCAGAACACCAUCCUCACACUGGACUCUGAACAAGCGUUGGGUGUUUUUCCGUCUGCAGGAGGGCACGCGCUUGAUGCAACGACACCUGUGUUGAGCAAAAACAGAACAUGUGCUUGCUGCUCUGUUGAAUGGCAAGAGGAGAGUCCGAGUUAUGUAACCUCUCACUGCACCGUGCUCAGCUCUGUCCUGCUUUUACUCUGUCACAACGAAGCGGGCAGAGCAGAGAUGCUGGCGAUGGGCAUGUUUCUCAGAAAGUGCCUUCCAUGAGAUCGUUGGGGGACCCUGAAAAUACUUGAAUUUGUAAACACAAAAAGGUUUCUCGACAGCCUUUUUGUUCCUUACUCUGUACAAGGCUUUAUAUUGUUUAUUGUUGUUUUUCCUCUCAUGGGCCUAGAUCAGGAAAGCCUAUGCCAUUUACAACCACUACUAUCACUGCUUAUACUACUCCAAUGUCAUUAGCAACAAGGUAACCUCAUAGCCUGAGCAGCAGCCUGUGCAAAGAAACCAUAAACAAAAAUACACUGGACAUACCUCACUCUCAUUACUACAGCAUUCACCUCGACAACCUCUGCUUCCUCCUCUUCUCUUGUUCUACUGUAUACAAACACAAAGGCUUAGGCAACCGCUCAUUCACACCCACCUGAACGCACACCACAAUGCAGCCAUACCGAAAUACAACAUUCUCUGCUCUUCACUUCAGUUGUUUUACUCUUACACAGUGCCUCACACAGGUCUUAAAACUCGGUGGGGACAAGAAUUGUACAUAACAACAAUAUUUAUUAUUACUGUGACCUUUUCCUCACACUCUGAGAGUUUUGUUGCAGAGUUUAUUUAUUUAUUUAUGAGCAAAUUUUGGCUGUACGUUUAUAUUUCAUUCCACAGUCACUGGAGGACCCACAGAUUAUUUAAAAGAGAAAGAUGAGGUGAAAUUUUUUUGACCAUAUUUAUGGCUUGAAAUUUUAAAAGAGCAGAUGUGUGUGUGUGUAGGUUUGUGUAUGUAAUGUAAAUAGCCUGUAAAUAGUCCCCAAAGCCCUUCCAUCUUAAUGUAUGUAAACAUUGAACAUCUACUGAUGGUAACUGGUUUUGUUACUCUGUUGUCUGCUGUGGGUGUGAGUGAGUUCUGAAUGUUGGGUGUGUGUGUGUGUGAGAGAGAGAGAGAGAGAGAUGCGGUAAUGAGAAAACUUCUGGUUGCAUGAUUGCAGCUUGGAUUUUUUUUUCAUUUAUUCAAAUUAGAAUUGUAAAUUAUGUUAGAAGCUAUUUUUAUACGAUUUCAAUAAAUAUUUUUUAACUAUGA